ACCCCCGCCCCAGCGCACCUUUCCCAAGAUGGCGGCGGCGGCGGUGUCCCUGGCUGCUGGGCGGUGCUGAGGGACCCGCCGCCCUGGGACGCAGCGCGCCGGGAGUGGGGCGCAGCACCUGCAGCCUUUUAACAUGGACUCUGUAAAGCCUGCUGUGUGCCAUGCCCUCGAACCUGGACAGGUUUGCACCAUGUCUGCCUUGUUACCCUGGCCCCAGCAAUGAAACGCUGCUCUCUGCUUAUCUGUGCACCUCAACUCAGGAUCCGACGUCACGCCGGCACGUUUCCAGCUCGAUGCAGAGACAGAAGAUCUCCUUAGGGGGAGCAGACCAGUGAUGUGACGGACACCAGCUACACACACCACCUGGCACUGCUUGUGGGGGAGGAGAGCUCUCUCCAGGCAUCAUGAUCCGGAGACUCCUGGACAGGCCCUGCACCUUGGCCCUGCUCAUUGGCUUCCAGUUUGCCUUCAUGGUGUACUUCUCCUUCGGCGGUUUCCGGAACCUGACCUCCAUCUUCGGGCGUGACUCGAACCCCGUCUUCGACUACUCCCGCACCCGGGAUGUGUACACCAACCUGAGUCACCUCCUGCCCCGGCCGCCUCCAGGCGGCAGCCCCACAGGGUCCCUGCCCUACUGCCCCGAGCGCUCGCCCUACCUCAUUGGCCCCCUGACAGUGAGCUUCAGUCAGGUGCCGACGCUGAAGCAGAUCGUGGAGAAGAACCUGGCGGUGAGGGAAGGGGGCAGAUACCGGCCCGUGACCUGCGAGCCCCGCUCCCGUACGGCCGUGAUCAUCCCCCACCGCAACCGGGAGACACACCUGCGCCACCUGCUCUACUACCUGCACCCCUUCCUGCAGCGCCAGCAGCUGCAGUACGGCAUCUAUGUCAUCCACCAGGCUGGAAACUCCACCUUCAACCGGGCCAAGCUGCUGAACGUGGGAGUGAAGGAGGCUCUGAGGGACGAGGAGUGGGACUGCCUCUUCCUGCACGAUGUCGACCUCAUCCCCGAGAACGACCACAACCUGUACACCUGCGACCCCUGGAGUCCCAAGCACGUCUCCAUCGCCAUGAACAAGUUCGGCUACAGCCUCCCGUAUGCCCAGUACUUUGGCGGCGUGUCGGCGCUCACCCCAAAUCAGUAUCUGAAAAUGAACGGCUUCCCCAAUGAGUACUGGGGCUGGGGUGGGGAGGACGACGACAUUGCCACCAGGGUGCGUCUGGCUGGCAUGAAGAUCUCGCGCCCCCCCAUAUCGGUCGGCCACUACAAGAUGGUGAAGCACAAAGGCGACCAAGGCAAUGAGGAGAACCCACACCGGUUUGACCUGCUGAUCCGGACACAGAGGAUGUGGACACAGGACGGCAUGAACUCGCUCACCUACACGCUGCUGGCCAAGGAGCUGCAUCCCCUGUACACCAACAUCACCGCUGACAUUGGGACUGACCCCCGGGCGCUGAAGGGCAAGAAGGGGUCUGUGCCUGGCUUCGGGGGGCAGAAGUACAAGACUGAGACUAACCAUGAGUUCAGGCAGGAGAUGCUGCGCAAAACACAUCCUGCCAAGCUACCCUGGGCCACAGCAAACUGGGGGAAGCAGCCCCCACCCCUGCCCCAGAGGUCUGGACAGGAUGGUGGCUGGGGAGCACCCACAGCCCCCGGGACACAGAGCGAGGGGCCUGGAGCCACCGCAGGCCAGCUGGGGGGCAGGGAAGGGGCUGCAUGGGACAGCACCCAGAGGAAGGCCCAGGGCGGAGCUGCGGACAGCUCUGGGCCUCAGCGUGGAGCUGCUCAGGGCACCCAGCUGAGUGCCGGCAUCUCUCCACGGAGCCCUGACGCAUUGCAGCACAGCCAGGAGACCUCUAGCAAGGGGAAGCCUGAGUCUGGGGCAAUGGAUUUGGGUGGGGCUGAGAAUGCAGGGGGCAGUGCCCCACAGGCCCUGGCACAAGGGCAGCCCCCCCAGACACAGUGGGACAAUCAGACCUUCCCGCCGAGCACCCGCUAACCAGAGAGGGCCCUGGACAUCAGGAAUGGGAUCGGGGCAGCCAGAGACUCGCUGUGUGAGCUGAGCCCUUCCCAGCUCCUAGAACAAAGGCCAUGGGUCAUGUUGGACUGGAGGCACUGGCCCUGUGCUGCUCCCAUGUGCCAGGCUUGGUUGUGAGGCCUGGCACCCAGGGGCUCCUGCCCAGGCCAGGCGUGGACAAAUCUGCAGGGUGGACCCUGUGUGAGCUGAUAGGUCUUGGGCCUGUUCACAGUGGGACAGGACCCAUCAGCCAGCUUGCCCCCACCGUUGGCACCUUUGCCUGCAGCCUCAGCACAGGCUGUGGCUUAGAGUUCCCCAAGCUGGGCUGUAAAGCAGAGAAGGUUGGCCCAUUGCUGGCUGUGUUGGCCCAGGAAACCAUCCUGCUGAGGCAGUAGAUCAGGGCAGAGCCUAGUA